AUGCCUUCCGGUUACGAGUACAAGAGCUCCGGCACCAACUCACAGGGCAAUCACUACUGCGCCCGUGACUAUGGCUCCAGCGCUCCCAACCAGAACUCUUACCACUACUCGAACACUGAUGGGUCCUACUAUUACUCGAACCCCAAUGGAAGCACCUAUUACAACAAUGGCGCGGGCGGCUCUACCUACACUCCUACCGGCAGCGGCAGUGGCAGCAGCAGUGGCAGUGGAAAGAAAUAA